AUGACUAGCACACUGAAAUUAGAUGCUAAUCAAUUAGCAAGACAACGGAAGAAAUUGGAAAAAGACCGAAGGAAGAAAGUUUAUGAUGAUCAACAAGUUCAAGGUACCAACAACUCAUCAAUAGUUUCGAAACGUAGUGUGGAAAAGUUAUACACUCAAGUUUUGCAACCUGAACUAGGAGAAUGGUUUCAAUAUUUUGUCCCCAAGGGUAAAAGACGAUCACCAGCAAUAAACCGUGGCUAUUGGAUCAGAAUGGAACUGAUUCGACAAAUGGUUAUAAGGAUAAUUAAAGCCAAUAGUCCUAAUGUAAGGAUAAAUGUUGUUAAUUUAGGGUGUGGAUUUGAUCCCUUGGCAUUUCAAUUAUUAUCACUUUUCAAGAAUCAAUAUAAUUUAAACUUUAUUGACAUUGACUAUCCAGAUUUAGUCAAGAAUAAGUAUAAUAUGAUUCAACAAUCAGAUGAAAUUAAACAGCUUAUAGGUGAUCAAGGUAGCAAAUCCAGUGAUUUAUAUGUGAUGGAAACGGAUAAUUAUCAAUUAGUUGGAUGUGACUUGAAAAAUUUGGCAUAUUAUAAAGAAAUACUACCGAAAUUAGUAUCACGUAAUGUUGAUCCACACCCUACAUCAAUCAAUAUAUUUAUUGCUGAAGUUUCAUUGGCAUACAUGAAACCCCAAUUUGCUAAUCCGGUAAUUGAAAUAUCCAGCCAAGUAAACAAUAGUCAUUUUUUAAUACUUGAACAAAUUAUGCCUGAUGGUGCAACCAAUGCCUUUGCUACAAAAAUGUUGUAUCAUUUCCAGCAUUUAAGAAGUCCUAUUCAAUGUGUGGAAACGUACCCGACUGAAAAACUACAACUACAACGAUUUAAACGGUAUUAUAAGCAUGCGGAGAUUAAGAACUUGUAUGGAAAUUGGAAGUUUUUGAUUGACUAUCAAAUGCAGAAGAAUAUCUCUACAAUCGAAGAAUUUGACGAGUGGGAAGAGUUUAUUAUUUUUUGUCAACAUUAUGUGAUUGUACAUGCUACACAUAUGGACCAAUUGAUAUAUGAUGAUGAAAGUAGUGAGGAACAAAAGAAUGAAAAAGCUUUCUCGGAAAUGAGUUUAGAUUCCUCGGUUGCAAUUUCUCAUGAUGAUAGGUUUAAUGAUGAACAAUUGCAGUUAAAGUUUCCGGCUAUUGCUUCUUUUAAAGAUAAAAUUUACGUUAAUGGUGGGUUAAAGCAAACUCGAAAUGACGAAAAUUUGGAAAUUGAUUUACAAACUGGGGUAAUUACCAAAUUGGAUCAAACUGAGAAUUUACCAACAGCAAGGAUGUGUCAUACAUUAACUAAUUUAGGCGAGAACCUUGUUUUAAUUGGGGGAAGAUCCCGACCAGGGGUAUUUUUCAAAGAUGUAUAUAUGUUUGACACUGCUAAGAAAUGGACAAGAUUAGCCGAUUUACCAGUUGGUCGUUCAAGACAUGCAACCGUGAAGAUCAGUGACCACGAAGUUUUAAUAUUUGGAGGACUAGACGCGUCUUCAUCAACUACUGGAGAUGAAUUGUUUCUCCUAUGCAAUACCAAUACUAAUUCUUACACUCCUGUCAAGCCUAUUGGUGAUAAUGACAAUCAUCCUAUAAAAAAUCUACAAAGUGCGUGUAUGAUAUUUGAUGGGAAACAGGGGUAUAUUUUUGGUGGGAUGGAAGACAUUAACGUACCAAUUGUCAACUCCAAAUUGUAUCGAUUUGAGCUUGUUGGUGAGAAUAAUAUUUCCGUCACCAAAGUGUUUGAUCAUAGUCUUUUAAAAAGAAUUGGUAGCAAGGCUCACAUACUUGAAAAUGGUGAUAAAUUAUUGAUUGUAGGUGGAGUUUCGCCGGAUCAACUUUUCACUAAAUCUACCAAUAUUGUGACAUUAGAUUUGAAUAUUUUUACAUUUAAAUCAGUUGAAAUACCGAAUGUGAUAAGCGAAAAAGUCCCACCAAUUUUCGUUGGAUUUGAAUUGGUUCAAAUUAACAAUAAAGCGUCGUAUAUUAUUAGUGGUGGUGCUGUGUGUUAUUCAUUUGGUAGCUGUUACAAUAGUGUGUAUAAAUUAGAAUAUUAA